AUGAGAUACUCAAGAUGCAGACACAGUUCAGAAGGGCUCGACCAGAAGUCCAAACUCUCCUCAAUGGUGGGGAUAUUCUAUGAGUUAGAAGGCAGCAACGAUGAAAAAACACUGUUUGUGAUCAGAAAGGCAUAUAACCACGGAGAUACCAUAGAAACACUAGGAAUGUACUACAUAAUCCACGGACAUGUCUAUGCUGCACCCACAAACUAUUCGAUUUACAGAUGCAGGAUGGGAAAUUCAAUGUGGCUUCUGAGCUCGUUUAUUGACAGGAUGAUAGAGAAGAGGAAGUUCGAUCCGUUCAACCUACUCAAAGGAAAGCAUCUUAGAAAAGACGUAGAGGACAGCAAGGACCUGAACUUUAUGAUGGAAAUAUUCAACGAUUUCAAAAAAGAGCAAAUGGAACCAUAA